AUGCUGAGUCAACGCGUUCGCGAUUACCUCCAUACGGAGUAUCAGCCUGGCGAGGCUACGCUUAUACGCAAGAUUGACUUUUUCAUCUUGACUUUCUGCUGUCUGAGCUACUUUAUCAACUAUCUGGACCGUUCCAACCUCGCCAAUGCCUAUGUCUCUGGCAUGAGAGAGGACUUGGGAUUUGUUGGCAAUCAGCUCAAUGUCAUCAACACUUGCUUCACAGUUGGCUACGUUCUCGGCCAGAUCCCCUCCAACCUCUCUCUCUACUAUGUCAAGCCGCGCAUAUGGUUCCCCUCCAUGAUGCUCCUCUGGGGCGGCCUGACCAUGGUCACCGCCUCUGUCCACAGCCCGCAAUCCAUCAUGGCCAUCCGCUUCUUCCAGGGCAUCUUCGAGGCGUCGACAUUUGUCGGCACGCACUACAUCCUCGGCGCUUGGUAUACCGAGCGCGAGCUGGGUAAGCGCAGCGGCAUCUUCACGGCGUCUGGCCUUGCCGGCAGCAUGAUUGGCGGCUUCAUCCAGACGGGCAUUCAUUCGAGCCUCAACGGCCGCAGCGGCCUGGCGGGAUGGCGAUGGCUCUUCAUCAUUGAUGGCCUACUGACGAUUCCUGUUGCGGCAUACGGCUUCUUCUUCUUCCCAGACACCCCUCGGAACACUUCCGCCUUCUAUCUGACGGAGGACGAGAAGCGCCUGGCUGUUAUUCGUGUGCCUGUCGUUGAGGAACACUCGCCCAUCACGCUCCGCUUCCUUAAGAAGGUGCUCACUUCGUGGUACUGGUGGGGGUUCGUCAUGCUCUGGGUCAUCGCUGGCGAGACAGAGUCCUUCUCAUCCAACUCCUUGCUUGCCCUCUAUCUCAAGAGCCAUCCCACACACAAGUACACAGUCUCUCAGCUCAACAACUACCCGACUGGCGUUCCCGCCGUUGGCAUUGUCUCUACGCUUUUCUGGGCCACACUGACCGAUUUUCUCAACGGCAAGCGGUAUCUUGUCGGCUACUGGAUCGGAAUCGUUGGUAUUGCCACGUCCAUCAUGAUCCUCGUGGCCUCUCAGCAUCCAACCAGCUCCCAGUCGACCACCGUUGUCAUGGCAGCAUACUACAUCGCCGGAUCGGUCUAUGCGUGUCAAGCCACCUUCUUUGCCUGGUGCAACGACUCCAUGAGACAUGAAGAGCACGUCUUCCGGGCUGUUGUCUUGGCCGGCAUGAACCUGGGCAACAAUGCCGUGAAUGCGUGGUGGAGCAUCAUCUUCUACGGAGCCUCCGAAGCACCAUGGUUUAACCGUGGUAUGUGGGCUAUGAUUGCCUGCAGCAUUGCCCUUGCAAUCUGGACAGUCAUUCUGCAAUACACGGACCGCCGUAACAAGAAGAUGCGUGACAUUGAGGGGGUCAAUGGCAGUCUGAGCAUUGUGGUGGAGGGCAAAGAGUAG